UUGCAGGCAGCAUAGUGUACUUCGGGAUGAUGGUGGGGGCGUUCUUCUGGGGAGGACUGGCAGACAAAGUGGGAAGGAAACAGUCCCUUCUGAUUUGCAUGUCUGUCAACGGAUUCUUUGCCUUCCUUUCUUCAUUUGUCCAAGGUUAUGGCUUCUUUCUCUUCUGUCGCUUACUUUCUGGAUUCGGGAUCGGAGGAGCCAUCCCCACUGUGUUCUCCUACUUUGCUGAAGUGCUGGCCCGGGAGAAGCGGGGAGAGCACCUGAGCUGGCUUUGCAUGUUUUGGAUGAUCGGGGGCGUGUACGCCUCUGCCAUGGCCUGGGCCAUCAUCCCGCACUACGGGUGGAGCUUCAGCAUGGGCUCAGCCUACCAAUUCCACAGUUGGCGUGUCUUCGUCAUCGUCUGCGCACUCCCCUGCGUCUCCUCUGUGGUGGCCCUCACGUUCAUGCCUGAGAGCCCUCGGUUUUUGCUGGAGGUUGGAAAACAUGAUGAAGCGUGGAUGAUUCUGAAGUUAAUUCAUGACACCAACAUGCGAGCCCGGGGUCAGCCUGAGAAGGUCUUCACGGUAAACAAAAUCAAAACCCCUAAACAAAUUGAUGAGCUAAUUGAAAUUGAGAGUGACACAGGAACAUGGUACAGGAGGUGUUUUGUUCGGAUCCGCACAGAGCUGUAUGGAAUCUGGAUGACUUUUAGGAGAUGUUUCAACUAUCCAGUCAGGGAAAAUACAAUAAAACUUACGAUUGUUUGGUUCACCCUGUCUUUUGGGUACUAUGGAUUAUCAGUUUGGUUCCCCGAUGUCAUUAAACAUCUGCAGUCCGAUGAAUAUGCAUUGCUAACUAGAAUUGUGCAAAGCGAUAAAUAUGCAAAUUUCAGUAUUAACUUUACGAUGGAAAAUCAGAUCCACACUGGGAUGGAAUAUGACAACGGCAGAUUCCUAGGGGUGAAGUUCAAAUCUGUAACUUUCAAAGACUCAGUGUUUAAGACCUGCACCUUUGAGGACGUGACUUCAGUCAACACUUACUUCAGGAAUUGUACAUUUAUUGACACCAUUUUUGACAACACAGAUUUUGAGCCAUAUAAAUUCAUCAACAGCGAAUUUCAAAACUGCUCAUUUUUUCACAACAAGACAGGAUGCCAGAUUACCUUUGAUGAUGACUAUAGUGCCUACUGGAUUUAUUUUGUCAACUUCCUGGGUACAUUGGCAGUGUUGCCAGGAAACAUUGUGUCUGCUCUCCUGAUGGACAGAAUUGGGCGCUUAACCAUGCUAGGUGGCUCGAUGGUGCUUUCAGGGAUCAGCUGCUUCUUCCUUUGGUUUGGCACCAGCGAAUCCAUGAUGAUAGGCAUGCUGUGUCUGUACAAUGGAUUGACCAUCUCAGCUUGGAACUCCCUUGAUGUCGUCACGGUGGAACUGUACCCUACAGACCGGAGGUAUGUUGAAAUGGGCCUACUUGGAUAG